AUGAAGUUCUCCAUCGCUCUUCUUGCCAUCUUCGCUGCCCUUGGAGCUGCCGGCCCCACUUUCCUCAACCUCGCUACUCGUGAUGAGUGCCCCAACGGAUGUGGCGAGACUCCUUGUUGCAGCAUUGACCGAUGCUGCUACCCUUGCCGGGAGGGCUCGGAUGCCGACUGUUCCCCUGUGGUUACUGAGUAA